AUGGCCUCGCGCCGGCGGGAGCGGUUUCGGGCUGCCAGGCACGGCUCCGACAGCUCAAGCAUCGAUUCCUACGAUGCGCCGCGCCAGGGUCUUCGACAGCCUGCGGUCAACCGCUCUAUUGCGAGCCCAGCCCCAAUGGGCAUAGAGGAUAGGUACGCGAACUUCUCCUUCAAUCCUUCGCCUGGAACCUAUGAUUUCCAUGAUGAAGAGAGGGCGAGUACACACUCGCCUCGGUCGGGUAGCAGUCGCGAUAUACCUCCUCCACCACCCCGUAAGGAUAUAACGCUGGGAGUCUUGUCACCGUUGAGCCUAUCUACUACAACUCUUGAGCGUUCGAUCAGUCCGACGCCUAGCGCUCGAAGCUCGAAUUUAAAAGACCACGGUCAAGCCUCUCCCCGCGGCCACCCUCCUAAGCGGUCAUUUUUCGAUAAAAUACGACGUCCAAAAGGCCAAGUUUCAUCCAUUCUACGACACCUACCCGCGUCGACUACCGUUCUUCAUGAGCCUUUGAAAAAUCCUAAAAACGCUAAGGGUGAGCUAUCUCCCGGACGGCCCAGGAAUGGUAGCGAGAAUGGAACACUAGAACCUGCUCUGUCUCCCCGGCAGUGGGAGGCCAUUGACUAUGACCGAAAGAAAGAACUUCCAAGCAGACCUGGUCCGAGUAAGCUACGGCAUGGACGACUACAUUUUCACAAUGAGUUUGGGUUCAGCAAGGAACCUGAGAAGCAUGACCCCGAAAAAUUUGAUUUUGGAGGAGAGGAACUCUUUUUGGAUACGAACCUUGGCGAUAUGGAGGGGAUAAUCAGGCAACCCCGGCCUGGCUCACCUACAGAUCCUGGUGGUAUCUUUAUCGGUACUGAGCUAGGCGCAGACAGUAGCCAGUUUCGCACUGUCCUCGACACCCCAGCUGCCGGGGAUUGGCAUGCGCCCGAAAGCUGGGCUGUCAAGAAACAAAGCGAUGACAUCGUCAGCAGACUCCCUGAGCUAGCCGAAGAUGAUGUCAAUAUGUCAGUAGAUGAAGACGGUCAUCCAUUCUGCGUGCGUGUCUUUCGGAUUGAUUCUACGUUUGCGACCCUGUCUGCAGGCCUCAAUACAACUGUUACUGAGAUUCUAGAGAUGCUGGGACGCAAAUCGUUCCUUCAAGAUGAUUUGAACAACUAUGAUAUUGUGAUGCGGAAGAACGAUCUCACAAGAAGGUUGGAUCACGGAGAGAGGCCGAUUCUUAUGCAGAAAAAGUUACUCGCGGCUGCAGGCUACCAUAAUUCCGAUCGGAUUGCCGAUAUAGGACGUGAAGACAAUAGCUAUCUUGUCCGGUUCACCUUUCUCCCAACCAAACUGGGUAUCUAUUCUAGCUUUGACUCCGAGUUGGCUUUUAACGAAGGCCAAAAAUUCACCCACCUAGACCUUCGAAGCCGAAACCUUGUCACAAUUCCAAUUAGGCUAUACAAAAAAGCUCCUGAAAUAAUAUCCCUGAAUCUCUCCAGAAACCUGUCCCUUGAUGUCCCCAAAGACUUCAUUCAAAGCUGCAUCAACCUUCGAGAAAUCAAAUUCAUGAGUAAUGAAGCAUGGCGUCUUCCUUCCAGUUUCAGCAUGGCCAAUCGAUUGACCUACCUCGAUAUCUCUAACAACAGCCUCGAACAACUGGAACACGCUGAGUUAUACAAAUUGCACGGCCUUGUUAGUUUAAGGGUGUCAAAUAACAAGCUCUCAUCGCUGCCAUCGUAUUUUGGCGAUUUUGCGUCCCUCCGAAGCUUGAACAUGUCAUCGAACAGUUUCCGGGAACUCCCCGAGUGUCUGUCUAGGCUGCCAACAUUGGUUGAUCUUGACGUAAGUUUCAAUCAGAUAUCCUCGCUGCCAGGCCUUGGGAAAAUACAAUCUCUGGAGAGACUCUGGGUCAAUAAUAAUACUCUGGCUGGCCCCCUUGGGGAUGAUUUGGAGAAUCUAGUCAACCUGAAAGAGAUUGAUGCGAGAUUCAAUGAGAUUUCUGCAAUUGAAGGUCUGACGCAGCUGAUUCGUCUGGAGAGCCUGCUGAUCGGCCAUAAUUCUGUUUCCUCCUUUUAUGGCUCAUUCGCCAAGCUGCGAUUUUUUAUCAUGGACCAUUGUCCCGUUACAGAUUUCCACAUCACUGGGCAAGUUCCCACCCUAGUAACUCUCAAUAUUGCGUCCGCAAAGCUUGUCCAGUUCAAGGACUCCAUGUUCUCCAACAUACCAAACCUAAUGAAACUUGUCCUCGACAAGAACCACUUUGUCACUUUGUCUCCAUAUAUUGGAUAUCUUCGGAAGCUGGAGCAUUUCAGCAUUGCAAAGAAUCCGUUGUCCCAGUUACCACCCACUAUCGGUUGUCUAACGGAGCUGAAAAGUUUUAAUCUGAGGGAGUGUAAUUUAAGCAAGCUCCCAUCUGAAAUAUGGUGUUGUCACCGACUUGAGGUGCUUAAUGUUUCUUCUAACGUUCUUGACGCUUUCCCUAAACCCCCUGGAGCACGCCCACGCCUACCCUCCGCCGACGGUAUAUCGACUACCACUCCAGUCACUACUCCUGGAUUGACUGGUGCUCCUAACUAUGAAGAAAUUGGGAGAAUGGAAGGGUUUGAAGCGCGGCGACCUAGCCAAGCUUCUGCAGGUUAUCUCAGCGUGGCGAGCUCCCCGUCCGAUCCCCCCAGGAAAAUGUCGGUCACAUCAAUCGGUGGAGGCCGGAAACAGUCCGUAGCAUCCCGAUCCGAGGCUGAUACGGUGAGAAAGGACUCUACGUACUCCCAGAAAAGCCUCAACACAUUUUCUCUAUCGCUAAGGCAUCUAUAUCUUGCGGAUAAUCGGUUAGAAGAUGAUAUUUUUCACCAACUCGUGCUUUUGUCUGAAUUACGUGUUCUGCACCUUUCAUAUAACGAAUUAACGGAAUUUCCACCGGGUGUUUUGAGACGGCUACUUUUUCUGGCGGAACUACAUCUUUCCGGAAAUGAACUCAGCGCCCUUCCCUCUGAAGACCUUGAAGAAUCCAGCAAUCUUCGGACGCUUUAUCUAAACGCGAAUAAAUUCCAAGUUCUUCCCGCUGAACUUUGCAAGAUCAAUAAACUCGCUGUUUUAGACAUUGGCAGCAAUUCUUUAAAAUACAACGUUUCGAAUUGGCCGUACGACUGGAAUUGGAAUUGGAAUCGUAAUUUGAGGUACCUUAAUUUCUCAGGUAACAAGAAAUUUGAGAUAAAAGGAAGCUCCUCUUACGCGUCAGGCGCAAACCAUGUUGGUGGGACAGAUUUGACCAGCUUUAACUCUCUUAGCUACAUUAGAGUAUUGGGACUGAUGGAUGUUACGCUCACUAUCAGGAACGUUCCUGAAGAGAUGGAAAAUAGACGUGUUCGCACAUCUGCAUCGGCUUCUGGGUUAAUAUCGUAUGGUGUCGCGGACACUCUUGGUACUACUGAGCAUCUUUCUAUGAUUGAUAUGGUCGUUCCUCGAUUUCGAGGAAGUCCCGUGGAGACAAUUAUGGGGUUAUUUGAUGGGUAUCCUUCCUUGGAUGCUGGGUCAAAAAUUGCUAAAUAUCUGCAUGAGAACUUUCCUGCAACGUUUGCAGCCGAGUUAAAUAAGUUACGGACAUUGAAAAAUGAGACUGCAGAGGAUGCUUUACGCCGAUCUUUUCUAUCACUGAAUAAAGAGCUAGCUACGGUAGUACCGCUACCCACUGAUGACCGAGAGACCUUACUCUGGGAUCGGUCGGACAAACCCCUUCCCCUUGAUGACGCCCACUCUGGCGCAGCUGCGACGAUCAUGUAUCUUCGCAAUAUGGACCUCUUCGUUGCCAAUGUUGGCAAUGCACAAGCUGUCUUGGUUCAAUCAAACGGACAGCAUAAGUUUCUUACGGCGCACCACGAUCCUGCGGAAAAAUCAGAAAGGAAUCGCAUUAGGGCAACGGGUGGAUACGUUUCACGGAACGGGCAGUUGAAUGAUCUCCUGCCGGUUUCGCGAUCAUUCGGGUAUUUUCGUGAUAUUCCCGCUGUCAUGGCUGCCCCACAUACGCUGAAAAUAACGUUAACAUCACAAGAUGAAAUGAUAAUCCUUGCGUCAGGGCAAUUGUGGGACUAUGUUACCCCUGAUGUGGUAGUGGACGUUGCUCGAGCUGAGCGUGCGGAUUUGAUGAUCGCAUCUCAGAAGAUUCGUGACCUUGCAAUGUCAUAUGGCGCUACAAGCAAGCUAAUGGUGAUGAUCGCCGGCGUGAGCGACCUCAAGCGACGCCAGAAGAACAAGCUCACAAAGAGUGCAAAUAUUCCCAUGGGCCCGACCGCCCCGUUGAGCGAAGAAAGUAUACUUCUCACCAGUAAGCGAGUCAAACGACCCCGUGACGCGCCGAGCGACUCUAGACUAGCAAGACUGGAUCGAGUCGAGGCCCCGACCGGAGACUUGGCUAUUGUAUUUACGGAUAUCAAGAAAUCUACGUCGCUCUGGGAAACUUACCCUAUAGCCAUGCGAUCCGCUAUUCAAAUACAUAACGAUCUAUUCAGGCGACAACUUAGUCUAAUUGGUGGGUUUGAAGUCAAGACUGAAGGUGAUGCGUUCAUGGUUUCUUUUAGUACCGCAACUGCAGCAUUGCUGUGGUGUUUUACGUGUCAGACCCAAUUGCUUGACGCUCCUUGGCCAACUGAAAUUCUUGAAGCGCCUCCUUGCCAAGAACGAUUUGACAUGGAUGGUAAUCGUAUAUAUCGAGGUUUGUCGGUUCGAAUGGGUAUGCACUGGGGCCAGCCGGUGUGCGAGAAGGACCCUGUGACCGGUCGUAUGGAUUAUUUCGGCCCAAUGGUCAAUCGUGCCUCCCGUAUAUCAGCAGUCGCAGACGGCGGGCAGAUAUUCGUUUCUUCCGAUUUUGUUGCUGAAAUCCAACGGACAUUAGAAACAUUCGCUGACUAUGAGCGAGGCAACUCGACAGGAUCAGAGGAUACCUGGCCAGAUGACUUUUUAAAUAACUCUAUCCGCAAUGAUUUAUACCAGCUUAGUACACUUGGAUUUGAGGCGAAAGAUCUUGGCGAACGCAAAUUGAAAGGCCUAGAGAACCCUGAAUUUGUAUACUUGAUGUAUCCGCACUCGCUGUCAGGACGUCUAGUCUAUCAGCCCGAUUUGCUCGAAGAGCAGAAUGAGACCAUGGCCCCUGGGACGUUAGGGAGAAAUUCGCAGUUGAAUAUCGAUGCAGACCAGUUCUGGCGAUUAAUGAAAGUCGGUCUCCGGCUUGAGGCUUUUUGCAGCGCUCUGGAGAAUCCGAAUGCAUCUACGUUGGUAGAGCCAGAUAUUAAUAUGAUCAAUGCGCUGAAGGCUAGAGGUGGAGAGAUCACUGAUGCUUCUGUUCUGAAUUUGCUUGAACAUCAGAUUGCUCGGAUCGAGACUUGUACCAACACGCUUGCCAUUCGCCAUAUGAUGCGGCCUCUUCGACCUGGGCAUACACUUGAGGACCACGCUGUCCCCAUGGUCGAAAUUAUAGCGCAACUACAAGUCCAACUUGCCGAGUUCAAAGCCUUGAAGGAGCAAAUUAAUAUUGUGAGCGCUGACCUCUCCCUCCCAGCAUCCUCAAUUGGUACGCCGGCAGCUUCGGUAGCGUUUGGUGUACACCAGACGUCGGCUACUUCCACCGUAGUUGAUCUCCGCAGCGAAAGUCGAAGGAGAGGCAGUGAAUUUUCAGGCGUGGGCACUAUUUAA